AUGUCAGCUCACUUUUGCACAAUUGCGCCAAAAGCGGCUGUGGUCAGCGAGGAGAUGCUGGCCAGCGUGGCUGGCCUGGAUGUGCUCCGCCGUGGAGGCAACGCUGCUGACGCGGCGCUUGCCAUGGCAGCCUGCAUGCAGGUUCUUCAGCCAUAUGCCACCGGCAUUGGAGGUGACUGCUUCGCCGUGCACUACGACGCCCGUACAAAGAACGUUCGCUGCGUCGAUGGAUGCGGCAGGAGCCCAGCCGCGCUUACGCUGGAGAUGGUGGAGUCCAAGAGCAGCUACGACUGGACAAGCGAGAGGUACAUGUACGGCUUGCAGGCGACUGUUCCCGGUGCAGCAAAGGCCUGGUUCCACAUCGCUACUCGUUUCGGCUCUGGAAAGCUUAGCAUGAAGGACCUCUUAGCCCCGGCAAUCAGAUACGCCGAGAACGGAUUCCCUAUGGAUCACGUGAAGCAGGGCAGCUGGCAGACCAUGCACAACGGUCUGAAACGUUUACCCGGUGGCCGUUAUUUCCUAAACGAGGACCACAAUGUGCCCCCGCUUGGUCAAAUCUUGGUCAACAGGCCACUGGCAACGCUUUUGAAGAGGCUAGGCCAGGAGGGACCACAGGUGGUGUACAAGGGAUGUGUGGCUGAAGGAAUCGUGGACGCUGUGCGCCGGGCGGGUGGCGUCCUGUCCAUUGAGGAUCUUUCUGAUCACAUGGAGUCUACUGAGCCCCUUGAGACAGAGCCCGCAUCCACCACGUACCGAGGAGAAAUUGCAGUGCAUACGACCACGCUUCCGACACAGGGUGCCGUGCUCUUAGAGACCCUUAACAUACUCAACAUGUUCGAUCUGAAAGACUUGAAGCAAAUCCCUGGUCAGUUCGAGCACGUUGUGAUUGAGGCACUUCGCCACGCCAUCGCUGAUGGCUUACGAUAUGUGGGGGACCCUCGCACUGGUGGUUUGCUGGAUGAGAUGCUCUUACAUCAGCGUGCACGUAACAUUGCUACAAUGGUGAAAUUUGACAGAAGAACGGAAACCGUUUACCCGGAAGCUGCACUUCCUCUCGAGAAUUUAGGCACCACGUUCGUGGCGGCUGCUGACGAGGCCGGAAACGUAUGUGGACUGAUCGGAAGCCUCUCACAUUAUUUUGGAUGUGCUGUCGUCGAAGAGCACGGAUUUGCCGUUCAGAGACGGGGAGCCGCAUUCAACCGUGUUCCCGGGCACCCGAAUUGUUUCGGGCCCCGAAAAAAGCCCUACCACUCGCUCAUGCCUGUUAUGGUGACCGACGCAUGCUCGCGAGAUUGGCUAUGCACGAUGGGCAGUAUGGGUGGACUCAUACAGACAAGCGUCCUUGCCCAGGUGCUGCUUAACAUGGUCGAGCUUGGUCUAGACCCGCAACAGUCGCUAUCCAGACCACGCUUUCUAGUUGGGGGCGCCAUGAGUGUGCACCCAGACUCUCCAGUGAUUUUGGAGCCGAGCUUUGCGCUGGAGGCACAGAUGACAUUAAGACGCCGAGGGCACGCACUUAGCAUCAACCAUGAGAAUCUGCGCUUUCACCACGCGGGCCACGCCAACAUCCUGGCACGGGCAACACACUGGUGGUCCAAGGAACAAGCAAACCAGCAGCCAAACCCCAAUGGUUCUAUCUGGUGCGGAGCGGAGCCUCGCACCAACAGUGUUGCCCUUGGUUACUGA